AUGUUCCCCUCCGACCUCCGCCUCUUCAACAAACUCCCCUGCCCGGACAGACAGAACUGCAAGCGGCAGAACUGCAUAUUUAGCCACCAGCUAGGCCUCGUCGAGCCACCCACCGUUCACAUCCCCGUCGAUCUCCCGAAAGAUACGCCUAAGCAGUCGUCGGCCAUUGCAUCCACCUCCUCCCACACUCAGAGAAGCAUUAACGCGAUACCUGCGAAGCGAUCCCUCUCCCAACAACUCAUUGCUAAUCCGAGCAAUGGAAGCAGCUCUAGUGAACCGCCCAGAAAGCUUCAGAGAACAGGGCCGAUCAGAAGGCCAAUUGCCACGCUCAUGUACGUACAGACGGGAGUACCGCUCCUUCGCAUCAACCCCGCACAGUCGAUAGUUCCUCUCCCCGUCCGCCAGGCCAUGCUCAAGUCACUUUACGACCAUUUCGUCGUUUUAUACGAGAAGAUUCUUUCUACAAAUCCCACUCUCGCCUCCGAGCACGCUCUUCGGCAAGAAGAAGAGGUAUACAAGUCCUCCACCAAGCACACUUACCGCAACGCUGUCAUCUCCUCCAUCGCCUCGCUCAAGCGGCGCCCCUUCCCCGACAACGCAUCGCACCCCUCCGUUGGCACCGAAGGCGAGAUCGCCGCACGUGCGGACACGCGCAAAAAACUUGCAGCGCUCCGACUCACCGCCGCCCAGCUUGAGCCGUACAUGCUCACCAUGGAAGAGAUGCGCCGCUGGGGCUACGUCGUCGAAAUUCCCCCGGGACCGGGCGGCACGCGCCCCAGCGAGGUUGGCGUGGUAAAAACUUGCGAACGGUGUGGCCAAGCGUUCAAGGUGAAGCCUAAGGGGGAGGCGGACGAGUGCGUGUUCCACUGGGGGAAAGCGCUCACGACGAAAGCGAAUGGUGAGAAACGUCGGUUGUAUACAUGCUGCGAGCGGCCGGCGGAUAGUGAGGGGUGUGAGCGCGGAUUCCACGUAUUCUACGAGACUGCGCCAGAGGACCUCCACCUCCGGCAUCCGUUCUCCUUCACCCGCCCUCCUUUCUCAUCGGCUGCAGACUCAACAUCCCCCGAUUCGCCAUCACGAGACAACUCAGAUGAGGAGGUAGAAGGUAGCUCACGCACGGACACAGCGCUCGAUGUCGUCGCGCUCGACUGCGAGAUGGUGUACACGACCGGCGGGAUGCGCGUUGCGCGAGUCUCCGUGGUGGACGCGACAGGAAAAGAAGUGUUCGACGAGCUCGUCCGCAUGGACGACGGCGUCGAGGUCAUUGAUUUCAAUACGCGCUUCUCGGGCAUCACUCCAGAGGCACACGCCAGCGCACUGCUCCCGCUCGCGAGCAUUCGGCGUUCGCUCGACACGCUCAUCAGCUCGGAAACAGUCGUGAUCGGGCACGCGCUCGAAAACGACUUGAAGACAUUGCGCAUGGUGCAUUACCGGUGUGUGGAUACGGUAGCGCUGUUUCCGCAUUCGGCGGGCCCGCCGUAUCGGAGGGCAUUGAGGGCAUUAGUGAAAGAAUUUUUGGGCCAGACGAUCCAGAGUGGCGGAGGAACAGUGGGACAUAGUUCGGUGGAGGACUCAGUGGCGACGCUGGAUUUGGUGCGGUGGCAUGUCCUGAAUCGUCCCAAGCCUCCGCCGAAGACGUCAACGUCGACGAUUGUCAGCUGA